GUUGAAGUUCACUGUCUCUCUCUCUCUCUGCAUGCAUGAUGCCGUCAUUCAGUCACCGCUUAAGGUUCUCCUCAGCAACUAUCAAGGGCUACAUUCACAAUCCACAGAUCCUCCGAUCAAACCUUGCUCAUACCCUCACCAUCUCUCUCUCUUGCAAAUGCAGAGUUAGACGAUGAGAACGAAUCAAGAGAACUAGCUUCUUCUCUGUUUCCUUGGUUGUGUUGCAUGAUAGGAUGGAAGAUCAGCGCGAGGAAAAGGCAGUUCAAGAAGUACCAUUCAAAAGUAGCAAAGUGAGUCAAAUCUUGAAGAAAGGAUGGCGGCUCGGGAAGAAAAUUGCGAUUACAGGAGUGGCGGUGUCAUCUGUACCGUUUGUUCUGCCUCCUCUGGUGGUGUUCUCGGCGUUGGGGAUUGUCUGUUCAGUUCCUUUCGGGCUCCUCCUCGCCAGCUAUGCUUGCACAGAAAAGGCCAUGAGUAAGUUGCUCUCUAGCCCUGUUUCUCCUCAUCCACUGUUGGAAUGCCAUGCAUUCCCUGCUGAUGAAGGUGGUGAUUGUAGACAACGAGUGAAUAUGGAGGAAGAAGAAGAGAUUAUGGAAGGCACAAAGACAAAGGUGGAAAUGAGGAUUAACUUAGAUGAAGAUAAGAAUGGAGUGCGCGAUGAAUCAAUUGGGUUUGCAGAAAAUGAAAAUAAGAAAUCUCGAGGAGGUUUCAGAGGGGGAGAAGAAGAAGAAUCACCACAAGACAUGGAUGGGCAUGUAAAAGGGGAAGAAGAAGAAUCAAUGCAAGAGGAAAGUAAAGGUAAUGAAAAUUCUGGUGAUAUUAUUAAAGAGGAUGGCACUCAAUUGCAAGCGACAGGGAUAACAAUUGGGGCGAUGAUAGAUGAGAAUUAUACUGCUAGAAUAGUAGAGACUAAGGUUACAAUUGAAAUAAGGGAAGAAAAAGAAAAUCAGGGAAACCUUGUGGAGGGAGAAGAGUUUCCAUUGGAUGUGAAUGAAGGAACGAAACAAGUUGUUGAGGAAAAUGGUGGUGGAAGAGAAGCUGAAGAGACACCGGUAUGGGUUCAACAAGGAGAAGUCACAAAUGAGGAAAAUACCAGAUUUGUUAUCCAAGAGGAGGGUACAGCACAAGAGAUAUGGAGAAGAAUCGGGGAAAUUGGGAAGGAUGGGGAUUAUACUAAUGGUGAUCUUGUUAUGGAAAAUGAACCCUUAAUAGAGACAAAGAGUACAAUUGAAAUAAGGGGAAGUGAAGAAAAUGAGGGAAACCUUGUAUUGGUGGAGGAGAUACCAUUUGAUGUGAAUGGGAGAGGAAAACAACACAUUGAGGAAAAUGAGGAAAUAAUAGUAAGGAUAGCACAAAAAGAAAAUAGGGUUGAGGAAAAUGCGGAAAUAAUGGUAAGUGUAACACAAAAAGAAAGUAGAGUUAAGGAAAAUGAGGAAAUAAUGGUAAGGACAACACAAAAAGAAUGUAAGGAUGGGGAAAUUGUGGAUGAAAUCAUUGAAGAGGAGGAUAUUCCAUUGCAAGAGAUAAGAACCAUUGUGGGUGAGGGGGGAGAUGAGGAGAUAACAUUAAGGGUGGCACAAGAAGCUAGCAAAGAUGAGGAAAAUGCUGGUGAUACUAUUGAAGAGGAGAUAACUCCAUUGCAAGGGAUAGAGAGAACAAUAGGGGCAAAAUAUGGUGAGGAUUAUACUAUUAGUAAUAUUGUUAUGGGAAAUGAAGCUUUAAUUGAGAUUAAGGGAACAAUUGGAACAAGGGGAGAUGAGGAAAAUGAGGGAAACCUUGCAGAGAAAGAAGGAAUACCACUACUUGUGAACAAGGGAGUGAAAAAAGGUGUUGAGGAAAACUUGGAUAGGCUUGGAGUAGGAAUUGAGAAAUCAUCAACUGAGAUUAAGGGAUCAGUUGAACUCAGGGAUGAGGAAAAGGCUGAAGAAGAGGACAGUCCUGAAAUGGACACAAUUGGAGUAAAAAAGGGAACUAGGGCUGUCUUUGUUUCCAUAGAAAAAGAGGAGAAACUGCUAACAGGAGUAAAGGUAAUUGAGGAAGAACAUAGAAAUGAGAAUGUUGAUGAGAAUGUGCAAGAGGAGAUGCCAACUGAAGAGAUUAAUGGUAUAGUGAAGGAAAUUGACCAAGAAAACCAGGAAUUAUCUGCAGAAGAAUUGAUAGGAAUGAUGGGGAGAAGAAAAGAUGAGAAAAAUGUGCAUUAUGUCCAAGAAGAGAAGGUCAAAGCAGUAAAAUAUGUGGGAGAAAUGGAAAAAGAAAGAAGAGAUGAGGCAAUUGCGGAUGGCAUGGUAGACAAGGAGAAAAAACCUACAACAGAGACGAAGGUGUUGAUGCAAGAGAAGAAUUCUGAGGAAAAUGUAGAUAUAGAAGAUAGAGUCCAUGUGAAGAAGAUGAAAGAGAAGUCUCCUUCAGAUGAAGAAUAUGCAAGAGAGGUUGCUGAUGAACGUGGAUUUGAUGUUCUUGAUGGAGAUGAUUCAUUCUCCAAGAAGGUUCCUUCAAAUGAGCAGGUUUUAUGCAAUGAGGAGAAGAUAUGGAAACAGAUUUAUGCAAUCCGAAAAAUAGUGGGUUACAAAGAGCCACUCUAUCCAAGCUGCACAGAGGAGCUCAAGGCACUUUAUGUGUUCACUGGAGUUGAGCCACCAGCCUCAUUCAAGGAGUCUUCUGAUCUUGUGGAAGUAAACGACAAGCUUCAAUUCCUCAUGUCAAUUGUUGGAGUCAAGUAAAUUUUGGUGCGCUUAAUAGCAGCUGAAAUAUGAUCACUUAAUUUUCUUUAUCAGUUAAUCCAUUGACAUUGAAGACUUCAGAACUAUCUAAAUAUGUUUUGGUAAGGUUUCUCUACCAA